AUGGCAGCGCCGCCGCCCAACGGCCAUGAGCAAGGCGCUCCUCUGCCCAUGCUCCUGCCCGGCCAGCGCCCUACGCCUGAGCAAAUCGCAGAGAUUCAGCGACGAAUCGCCGAAGACGCCGAAAAGGCCGGCCUGACGGUUCCCGAGUUCAUCGAGCGUAUCAAGAAGCAGUCCAUGGAGCAGCAACGGAUGCAAAUGAUGCAGCAGCAGCAGCAGCAUGGCCCAGGGGGCCAUGUGCACGGAGAACACUGCAACCACGACCACGGCCACGGCCACGGCCACCAUCACCAACACCAGGCCCAGCCGAUCGUUCCCGGACCGCCCAAUCCCCAGGCUCUUGCCGUAGCGGCCUUUCUCAAAGGCCAGGAUCUCAAGCAGCGCACCAGCAUCCUGGGUGGUGAGCGCAAGGACAUGUUUAGAGUCAAGCGUGCUCUGCGAGCUCUGCAGUCGCCUGCGUACGAGAAGGCCCGCAAGAAGAACCCCCUUCUUCCCGAAAUCACGGAUCGCGCGUCCCUGGAAAACGCGUUCAAGCUGCUCCCCCUCAGCAUGCUGGCCCUGAGAGUCUGCAAGAUCGAGCCGGAGCUGGGUGCCAACGGCAAGAAGCCCAAGCGAGUCAAGGGCCAGUGGAACGUGCGAAUCGAGCAGCAGCAGGACGCCGGCGACGACAUGUACUACGUCUGGCUGUACGAGGGCAGCCAGAUCAAGCGCCAGCUUUAUGCUGCUGUCGCUCUUGUCCUGAUCUUCAUCGUCGUGCUGUACCCUCUCUGGCCGCUGGUGCUGCGCCAGGGCGUCUACUACCUCAGCUGGGGCCUGCUGGGCCUGCUGGGCCUGUUCUUCCUCAUGGCCAUCUUCCGCGUCAUCCUGUUCUGCGUCACGUACUUUGCCGUGCCCCCGGGCCUGUGGCUGUAUCCCAACCUGUGGGAAGAUGUUUCCUUUAUGGACAGUUUCCGUCCCGUGUGGGCGUGGCAUGAGUCUGCCGCCGACAAGAAGAAAAAGAAAAAGGCCAAGACUGCCGCCCGAUCUGUCGGCCCCAAUCCCGCCUUCGCCGCUGCCACGGGCCAAGUAGCGCCGACCGCCGCCACCACCACCGGCACCGAAACACAGAUCAACAAGAGCGUGCUGCAACAGCGACACUACGAAGCCCCCAAAGUGGAGGAGCUAGCCGACGACGAGUAG